CGGAGCGUGAACCUCGGCCGACUUGGUGCAUUCGUUUGCUUGCGUUGCAGUGUAAAUAUUGUCAUAAGUGUGCGCGUGCGUCCGUAGUGCGUCUACCAGGGAAGCGAGGAAAGAAAUGGCCGUGGCGAGUGAAAGGGCGACGUAUGGCGUCAAAAUCGCGCCGUUCGUCUCGUUGAACGCGUAUUACGGUUAUGUGCCGCCGAGUCCGCAGGCCGAGUCCGAGUGCCCGUUCGACGGAAGCACCGCCGGUGAAGGCCAGCCAACCCUCGGAUACGGUUCAGCUAUGGAAACCGAUGACGAUGCCUGUGAUAUUUUCGAGGACACGCGCUGCCCGAAUAACCCUUGCGUGAUUCCAGAGGGGCCGCAUCGUCGCUUCGGCGAGCAACACGUCUGCGCCGGCUACGCGGAGCGUAACUUCGAGUCCCGCGUCGGUUGGCCACCUCGAGACGCCGUCCCUCCACGGCGGAACCGGAAGCGCAACAGCGUCGGGGAGCUCGCGCUGCUAGGGACGGCUGCGCAGCGAAAAAAGCUCCGCGAAGACGGUGGUAACAACCGCGUUUACCGUGGUUCAGGAGGUGCAGAGGACCAUAGAUUGGCCGAGAUGUAUUAUGAACCGUCACCAUUACGCUUAGGUGCAGUAUGGAGUAAAGCCCUAGAACAACCCUCGAUGACGGUAGUCGAGAGCUGCUGUUGGGCAGCAGGUAACAUUAGUACGUUAAGUAACACAGAUUGUACAAAAUUCUUAACAAACGGCAGCUCCGAGUCCGUUGAAUGUAGGGUCGAGUACGAGAGAAUGUUGUUGGAAACCCAUGGGUGUUCUUCUUAUCACCUGCACCGUCAACAGCCACUAGAAGGCACUAUUGAAGCAGAGUUCUAAUCGAAUGUGGGAUGACAGUUUGAACUCUCACUGUUUUAGAUUUCGACUAGAAUGGACCACGCUUUAUAACCUCCGUUUAUAUGGAAAAGCGUACCGCUCGAUACGCAUUUAUAAUUACGUUCAUGUAAAAACUAAUACUUAAGUAUGACUUUGUUGGGUGUGUGUGCGAGAUAAAUAAAUAUUUACUUUUCUAUGUAAA